AUGACCCAAAGUCGAUGGAACUGCGAAUUGCUCUUAUCGAUGCGGGAAUUGUGUCAUAGAGCAAUUGUUCUGGCCACUGCUCUUCGAUUCAUCAAUCCGGAGAGCUAUCUCAGAAUCCACGUUCUCCAGCCCGAGUGGAAUCCUACCGAAACAGACGUAAUACAAUGCUAUGUCCCAACCAAGUCGUUGAGUGGUGCAUGGAUCAGCAAAGACCUCAUAGCAUUGGAGGCCAAUACUAAACAUACGACACAAAAAGAAUUGUCCAAGAUUAUGCCAUUAGUUGACGGUAUUGUGUGCGUCGCGGAUAUUUCAACUCUCGACUACCGAUAUAUGGUAGACCCCGGGAAAACUCAAUUCAAUGAAUCACUGGGCCUUCUCGAGGAAGUCCUAGGCAGCCGGGGUCCACAGCGGAAGCCAAUCCAGCUCUUACUGAACAAAACCGACAUACUGCGCAGGAAGCUAAAGCACCUGGGAGUAUCCCUAUAUUCCGAGGGCGGACUCUUGCGGUAUUUCCCUGGUUCGGCUGAAUCCGUGGCUAAGUGCUUCAAGGAGCAUUUGGGAUACUGCGACGAGUAUUAUCUACGGGAGAUUUGUGCUCUGGACGCAACAUGGAUGAACCACUUAUUCAAGGUGUGGCGCGAAAUGAUGUUCAAAUCAAAGCUUCUCGCUGCAGGUGUUAUGUGA